UGCAGUAAACUGGAAUGCUGUCCCUUGCUGGCUCCUCAGUGGAGGCGUGAUCUGAACAGGACCAGCUCAGCCUGCAGCUGCCGUUGGCUUUGUGUGGACUGGACGCCGAGCUGGGCAGAGGGGGAGGGUUAUUACUCCAAUUCCCGGGCAGUGGAAUUACAGCUAGAGCGGCAGAACAUAUGGGAUUGCUUUUUCUCGCCUUCCCGGAGAUGCUCAGACCCAGUGUAUUUCAAGGAACAGAAACAUAAAGGAAACCUAGUAUGCUUCCCUUUUUUUUCCAUGAAGAAUAUUUGAAUUAAGUUUUUUUACCUCUGUGACUGCACCAGCUAUUCUGAGAAAGCAGCAAGAAGCAAAAGCUGGAAAUAGCUAUUUCACAGCAGGGCUCUGAAACUACCUUGUGUAAAGACCUCAACACUGCUGACCAUGAUCAGCCCAGCCUGGAGCAUCUUCCUCAUCGGGGCUAAAAUUGGGCUGUUCCUCCAGGUGGCACCACUAUCAGUUAUGGCUAAAUCCUGUCCAUCUGUGUGCCGCUGUGAUGCCGGUUUCAUUUACUGUAAUGAUCGCUUUCUGACAUCCAUUCCAACAGGAAUACCAGAGGAUGCUACAACUCUCUACCUUCAGAACAACCAAAUAAAUAAUGCUGGGAUUCCUUCAGAUUUGAAAAACUUGCUGAAAGUAGAAAGAAUAUACCUAUAUCACAACAGUUUAGAUGAAUUUCCUACCAACCUACCAAAGUAUGUGAAAGAGUUACAUCUGCAAGAAAAUAAUAUAAGGACUAUCACUUAUGAUUCACUUUCAAAAAUCCCCUAUCUGGAAGAAUUACAUUUAGAUGAUAACUCCGUCUCAGCUGUUAGCAUUGAAGAGGGGGCAUUCCGAGAUAGUAACUAUCUCCGGCUGCUUUUCCUGUCCCGUAAUCAUCUUAGCACAAUCCCCUGGGGUUUGCCCAGGACUAUAGAAGAACUCCGUUUGGAUGAUAAUCGUAUAUCCACCAUCUCAUCACCAUCUCUUCAAGGUCUCACUAGCCUAAAACGCCUGGUUUUGGACGGAAACCUGCUGAACAACCACGGUUUAGGUGAUAAAGUUUUCUUCAACCUAGUCAACUUAACAGAACUGUCACUGGUACGGAAUUCCCUGACUGCUGCACCAGUAAACCUUCCAGGCACAAACCUGAGGAAGCUUUAUCUUCAAGAUAACCAUAUCAAUCGGGUGCCCCCAAAUGCUUUUUCUUAUCUAAGGCAGCUGUAUCGACUUGAUAUGUCCAAUAACAACCUAAGUAAUUUACCUCAGGGUAUCUUUGAUGAUUUGGACAACAUAACCCAAUUGAUUCUUCGCAACAAUCCGUGGUAUUGUGGGUGCAAGAUGAAAUGGGUGCGUGACUGGUUACAAUCACUACCUGUGAAGGUCAAUGUGCGUGGGCUCAUGUGCCAAGCCCCUGAAAAGGUUCGGGGAAUGGCUAUCAAGGACCUCAAUGUGGAACUGUUUGAUUGUAAGGACAGCGCACUUGUAAGCACCAUUCAGAUAACCACUGCAACACCCAACACAGUGCAUCCUGCUCAAGGACAGUGGCCAGCUCCAGUGACCAAACAACCAGACAUGAAGAACCCCAAACUCACUAAGGAUCAGCGAACCACGGGGAAUCCAGCAAGAAAAACAAUUGUCAUUACAGUGAAAGCUGUCACCUCCGACACAAUUCGUAUCUCUUGGAAACUUGUCCUACCUAUGACUGCUUUAAGACUCAGCUGGCUCAAACUGGGUCACAGCCCAGCGUUUGGAUCUAUAACGGAAACAAUUGUAACAGGAGAACGCAGUGAAUACUUGGUCACAGCCCUGGAGCCUGAUUCGCCCUAUCGAGUCUGCAUGGUUCCCAUGGAAACCAGUAACCUCUACCUAUUUGAUGAAACUCCUGUUUGUAUUGAGACUGAAACUGCACCCCUUCGAAUGUACAACCCUACAACCACCCUUAAUCGAGAGCAAGAGAAAGAACCUUACAAAAACCCCAAUUUACCAUUGGCUGCCAUCAUUGGUGGCGCUGUGGCCCUGGUGACCAUCGCCCUUCUCGCUUUAGUGUGCUGGUAUGUUCAUAGGAAUGGAUCACUCUUCUCAAGGAACUGUGCAUACAGCAAAGGGAAGAGAAGAAAGGAUGACUAUGCGGAAGCUGGCACCAAGAAGGACAACUCCAUCCUGGAAAUCAGGGAGACUUCUUUUCAGAUGUUACCGAUAAGCAAUGAACCCAUCUCAAAGGAGGAAUUUGUAAUACACACCAUAUUUCCUCCUAACGGAAUGACUCUGUACAAAAACAAUCACAGUGAAAGUAGUAGUAACCGAAGCUACAGAGACAGUGGUAUUCCAGACUCAGAUCACUCACACUCAUGAUGCUGGAGGACUCGCAGCAUACUGUGUUUCAGUUUUUUUAAACCUAAGGGAGGUGAUGGUAGGAACCCUGUUCUACUGUAAAACACUGGAAAAAGAGACUGAGAAAAGCAAUGUACUGUACAUUUGCCAUAUAAUUUAUAUUUAAGAACUUUUUAUUAAAAGUUUCAAAUUUCAGGUUACUGCUGCGAUUGAUGUAGUAGAGAAGCCUGAACACAAUUCUAUAUUUUAGUACUUUUUAGUAAUUUGUACUGUAUUUU